UGCGUAUUUAAAUAAAAAUUAUGUUUUUAAAAAGCUAAAAAUUGGGCUGGUGGCGCCAGAAAGAGGUGAAAUGGCGGGAGCAGAGGAUUAGGUUAGGAUACAAAAAUCAAAUCUCACUCACUCCCUCCCUUCAAUAAACCACAAAUUCAAUUUCUUGAUCCAAUUCAUACUUACUCGAACUCAAAUGGAAGAAUCUAAAAAAUGUUGGAGAAAAGAAGUAGACGAAAAUCUCAAGAGACUACACUCUCUCUUGUUCGGCGCAGAACGCGCCAUUGAAAACCACGAUUUCUCCUCCGCAUACAUCCUCUCUCUUCGUCUCAUCGGAUUCCUUGAUUCUCAUUCUCAAACGGAAACCGAUCAAGCUUUCAUUCAACACAUUCGUCGUCAAGCCUUAACCUACCUUCACACAGCCAGAAAAUCGCUAACUCCAGUAAUUAAUCGCCAAGCUUUUGAGCAAGUAAAGAGGUCAUCAGGACCUGUUUUUGGCACAACAGGAGAUAUUGACAUUGACAAGAUACGGAAUUCAAAAUAUUUUCAAGCUCUCAAACCAUCUAAAGAAAAAGAUUGCAAUCAAUUGGUCAAUCAAUUGAGGAAGCAAAACAAAACAGAAAAGGAAGCCUCAAAGGAAGGGGUGCAAGCAACGUUAACAUCUUUGUAUGGGAAAAGCAGUUUGAGGACUAUUAAUGGUUCCAAAAGUUUUUUCAACUUGAAAAAUAAUAGCUCCGAGGACUGCAUGAUUAUUAGAAGGCCUCAAUCACAUCCCAUCAAUACAAAGGGUCCUGACUUCUCUUCUGUUAUUGAGGUUGAAGGAGAGGAACGAGCUUAUGGUAACACUUUUUCAACAAAACGUGCACACACUGAAUAUAACAGCCCAAGAGUUGGCUAUGUCAAGUCACCUUCAAGCAAGGAAGAAGUUAAUCCCGAUGUUGCUGGCAAUGGGUUUGUUACUGCCAGAGCAAAGUUGGAAAUGGAUGUAAAGCAAAAGCGAGGUGCCAUUGGUUCUCCCAAUGCAUCUGUCUCACCACAAUGCGACAACAAUUCUGCCAACAGGCCAUAUGGUGGGAGAUCAUAUGGUGUUCCACGACGUGGCAUCCGUGGUAAUUUUGUCCCUCCUAUUAAAUCCAAUGGGAACAAUACUGGAAAUAUAACUUCCCGAAAUGCUGGAAAGGGUGAUGAUUCUUUAGACGAAUCAACAAAAAAAUGUUUGGAAAUCCUGUGUGGCCCUGAUGGUGAACUUCCUGAGAAGUUAAGGAAUUUAGAACCUCGCCUCAUUGAGCAUGUCAGUAACGAGAUUAUGGAUAAAAAUCCCGAUGUCCACUGGGAUGACAUUGCUGGAUUAAAACAUGCCAAACGUUGUGUCAAUGAGAUGGUCGUAUUUCCUCUGCAACGUCCUGACUUAUUUACGGGCUGCCGUUCUCCUGGGAGAGGCCUGCUUCUUUUUGGUCCACCAGGAACUGGUAAAACAAUGAUAGGAAAAGCCAUAGCUGGGGAGGCAAAAGCAACCUUCUUUUACAUAUCUGCAAGCUCGUUGACCAGCAAGUGGAUUGGUGAAGGUGAAAAGCUAGUAAGAGCACUCUUUGGAGUGGCCAGUUGUCGUCAGCCAGCUGUAAUUUUUGUUGAUGAAAUAGAUUCUCUUUUGUCUCAGCGUAAGUCAGACGGUGAGCAUGAAUCAAGUAGAAGGCUAAAGACACAGUUUCUUAUUGAAAUGGAAGGCUUUGAAGGUGGUAACGAGCAAAUUCUGCUUAUAGGGGCAACAAAUCGUCCUCAAGAGCUUGAUGAAGCAGCGCGAAGGAGACUUACUAAAAGACUAUAUAUUCCUCUACCAUCCGCAGAGGCAAGAGGUUGCAUUGCACGUACCCUUUUAGAGAAGGAUGGAUUAUUAAAUCUAUCAAAGGAGGAAAUGGAUAUUAUAUGUAACAUUACUGAUGGUUAUUCAGGAUCAGACAUGAAAAACUUAGUGAAGGACGCAUCAUUGGGUCCCUUGAGAGAGUUAGUGAGACAAGGUAUAGACAUUACAAAGUUGAAAAAGGAAGAUAUGAGGCCAAUAACUCUUCAGGAUUUUGAGAAUUCCCUGAAUGAGGUGAGGCCUUCUGUUUCACCCAAUGAACUUGGAACUUAUGAGGAAUGGAACAAGAAAUUUGGAAGCUUAGCACUUUAGAGAACACGUUUUCCUUGUAAGGAGACUAGGAACCAUAUCAACUAGUCACCUAGAUGGUACUAUUAAUAGUAAUAAUAUCAAACAUGUAGAGAUUCACCUUAAUAACAUUCUAGGCUGCAAGAAUCGAACUACCUAAUUAUUGUAUACAUCACAGAACAUUUGGAUGUUAUUGUCUGUGUUGAUUUGAUUAUGAGUAGUAUUGAAAGAUAAAAACGUUAACAAA